AUGGAGAAAUGGAACCAGAGCUCAAGUGAUUUCACUUUGUUAGGGUUGUUUCCACAAAACCAGACAGGCCUUCUGCUUUUGCUGCUCAUCAUCUUUGUCUUCUCUAUGGCCUUGGUUGGCAACUCAACAAUGAUCCACCUCAUUCGUGUGGAUCCCAGGCUCCAUACCCCCAUGUACUUUCUCCUAAGUCAGCUCUCUCUCAUGGACCUGAUGGAUGUCUCAACCACUGUUCCCAAGAUGGCAUUCAACUUCCUCUCUGGUCAGAAAAGCAUUUCUUUACUGGGCUGUGGAGUGCAAUCCUUUUUCUUUCUGACCAUGGCAGGUUCUGAGGGCUUGCUCUUAGCCUCCAUGGCCUAUGACCGUUUUGUUGCCAUCUGCCACCCUCUUCAUUAUCCCAUUCGUAUGAGUAAAAUGAUGUGUCUGAAGAUGAUCAUAGGGUCCUGGACAUUAGGCUCCAUCAACUCUUUAGCACAUACAGUCUAUGCCCUUCAUAUUCCUUACUGUCAUUCGAGGUCCAUUAACCAUUUCUUCUGUGAUGUCCCAGCCAUGUUGCCCCUGGCCUGUAUGGACACUUGGGUUUAUGAGUACAUGGUGUUUGUGAGCACAAGCCUGUUUCUCCUAUUUCCUUUCUUUGGCAUCACAGCUUCCUAUGGACGGGUCCUUUUUGCUGUCUUCCAUAUGCGCUCAAAAGAGGGAAAGAAAAAGGCUUUCACCACGUGUUCAACUCACUUAACUGUGGUGACAUUUUACUAUGCACCUUUUGUCUACACUUAUCUUCGACCGAGGAGUCUCCGUUCCCCCGCAGAAGAUAAGAUUCUGGCUGUCUUCUACACUAUCCUCACCCCCAUGCUCAACCCCAUCAUCUACAGCCUGAGAAAUAAGGAAGUCCUGGGGGCCGUGAAAAGAGUCUUUGGGACAUUCUCUUCUGCAAAAUCAUGAUCAUUUCUUCUCUACUCAUCUUUCAG